AACAUAAAUGAUUUGGAGGAUGGAUAACAUAUAUGACAAAAGUCCACAGUAUAGUGAAUGUAUACUGCUGCUGUUGGAAACUGAAGCAAGGGGAAAUACAACACACAGUGUUUGGAACUUUGGAAGACACGGAUAUAAGAUAAGAUUAAAUUGCAUUUAGUGGAGUGAAUUGAUGACUUAUAGAUUAGACGAUGAAGAAGGAAGAUUCAACCACCCUGUUCAUCAGUAAACUCAUUUUCUUCUCCUUCUUACAGUUUCUCACCUCUUUCUCAGUCUCAUAUUCUUCAACUUUCCCAUAUGAAGCACUUCCCACAAAAUCAGGUUACCUACCAAUAAGUCCAACCUCCACUUCCUCCAUUUUCUACACAUUCUAUGAAGCACAGAACUCCACUUCACCUCUCUCACAAACUCCACUUCUCAUUUGGCUUCAAGGUGGUCCUGGCUGCUCCUCCAUGGUCGGCAACUUCUAUGAACUUGGACCUUAUCUUGUCACCAAUUCACUCACCCUUCAACCCAACCCUGGUGCUUGGAAUAGAAUCUUUGGCCUUGUUUUUCUUGAUAAUCCCAUUGGAACUGGCUUCAGUGUAGCUUCAACACCGCAAGAGAUUCCAGCUGAUCAAACUGCGGUCGCAGAACAUCUUUUUGCUGCUAUAACAAGGUUUGUUCAACUUGAUCCUGUUUUCAAACAUCGUCCUAUUUAUAUUACCGGUGAAAGCUAUGCUGGAAAGUAUAUUCCUGCAAUAGGAUACUAUAUUUUGGAGAAGAAUACUAAGUUGAAAAACACUGAAAGAGUGAAUUUAGCUGGUGUGGCAAUUGGUAAUGGACUAACAGACCCUGUCACUCAAAUGGUUACUCAUGCUGAUAAUGCUUAUUAUGCUGGAUUGAUCAAUCAGAGGCAGAAGAAUGAGCUGGAAAAACUUCAACUUGAAGCUGUUGAGUUAGUAGAGAGAAGGAAUUGGAGUGAAGCAACUGAUGCGAGAAGCCGUGUUUUGGAUCUGUUGCAAAACAUGACAGGGUUUGCUACUUUGUAUGAUUAUUCGCGGAAAGUUCCUUAUGAAGAUUGGAUGGUUGCUCAGUUCUUGAAUAUCGCCGAGGUGAAGAAGGCCUUAGGGGUGAAUGUUGAUGAAUCAUUUGUUUAUGAGAAAUGUAGUAAAAUUGUUUGGGCUGCAUUGCAUGCUGAUUUAAUGAAAAGUGUAAAGUAUAUGGUAGGGAAGUUGUUGAAGGAGAAGAUGAGGGUGUUGUUGUAUCAAGGUCAGCGCGAUUUGAGGGUCGGUGUUGUUCAAGUAGAGGCUUGGGUGAAGACUAUGAAGUGGGAAUGGAUUGAGGAUUUUGUGAAUGCCGAGAGGAAGAUUUGGAAGGUAAAUGGAGAGGUAGCUGGUUAUGUACAAAAAUGGAAGUCACUUACAAAUGUUGUGGUUUUGGGGGGUGGUCAUCUUUUGCCUGCUGAUCAACCUUUGAAUUCUCAAGCUAUGAUAGAAGAUUGGGUUUUGGAAAAGGGUUUGUUUGGAAGUGUGUCUGAUCGAAAUGAUGUAUCGAGAAAUUCUGUGUAUGAUGGAUGAUGAUUUCUAACUAUUUGUCAUUCAACUUGACCUUGAUGUUAUUUUCUUCAUCUACAAGACAUGAAUUUCUAAAUUCUAAUCAGUUAUGUCUUGUAAGUUGUUUUAGUGUAAUUUUCUUUAUCGAAACUGCAAUCAGCUUUAAAUGCAUAUUUUACUUAAAAUCA